AAGGUAAUAACAUAAAACAAAAUAAAUCAAAAAGGUUUGAAUCCCGACGGAAACCCUCUCUUUGCUGCUUCCCCGACUGCGUAGUAGUAGCUCGAAUCCAAAAUCAAUGGCGAACGACCAAGAGAUGAGUGGUUGGACUGAUCUUCUCCAUUCUUCGUCGAAGCUUCUGGAGCAAGCUGCUCCUUCUUCUCAGUUUCCUCCUCUUCAGAGAAAUUUAGAUCAGUUGGAAGCGUUAUCGAAGAAGCUCAAGGCUAAAACCCUGAGGAACGAAGCUCCUUCUCAGUCUAUUGCUGCCACUAGACUACUCGCACGGGAGGGAAUCAAUGCAGAGCAACUAGCUCGUGAUCUUAAAUCUUUCGAGCUCAAGACAACAUUUGAGGAUGUGUUCCCUGCUGAGGCGACGAGCGUUGAAGAAUACCUGCAACAGGUUCAUGAAAUGGCUAUGGUAUCAGCUAUUCAGGAAGCCCAAAAGGAUAAUGUUCGAAGCUUUAAUGACUACAUGAUGAAAGUGUUGGAGGAGGAUUGGAGAAAAGAAAAACGUGACUUCCUUCAGAGCCUCAGCAGAAUAUCAAUGCUACCUAAAACAAAUAUGAUUGAUACAAGCAGAGAGGCUCAUGCUGGUCAACUAGUGCCGGUGGGUUCGAGUCCUCGAGUAUCCUCAACUCCAGGCAAAGAACUCGUGGCUCUGGCUAACAUACCCAUUCAUGAGAAAAAAGCAUAUGUCUAUGGGGAGGUUGUGAAGAAACUUAACACUUCAAGAGAACGAGGCAUGCCAUUUAGACCUGCUAUGUGUUUUAAGGACGCUUAUGAUACUCUUGGUGCUGAGGUAACUCGUGGAAAAUCAGUCAACAUGCAGAAAAUAUGGCAGCUUGUUCAGGCAAUAACAGGUGAAGAUUCAGCAGUUCGACAGGGUGUUUCGAAGAGGAUGGCCCUCGCGAUAGGUGCAAGACAUCAUUUACAACAUGGGCAUGAGAAAUUUAUAAUGGACACAAUUCAAACUCACCCUACACAGGCUGCUCUUGGUGGAUCUGUUGGAAAUUUGCAAAGAAUUCGUGCUUUCCUUCGGAUUCGUUUGAGAGACUAUGGAGUUUUAGAUUUUGAUUCAACUGAUGCUCGUAGGCAGCCUCCUGUUGAUACUACUUGGCAACAGAUAUAUUUUUGCUUGCGAACUGGGUAUUAUGAGGAGGCUAGGGAAAUUGCUCGGUCAACACGGUCAUCUCAGCAAUUUGCACCACUGCUUACAGAGUGGAUUACCACAGAUGGUAUGGUGGCUGCAGAGUCUGCAGCUAUUGCAUCAGAAGAAUGUGAGAAAAUGCUAAGGAUGGGCGAUCGGUUGGGUCGAACAGCUUAUGACAAGAAAAAACUCCUACUCUACACUAUCAUUUCUGGUUCCCGUAGGCAAAUUGAGCGCAUACUGAGGGAUCUAUCUACACUCUUUAACACAAUUGAAGAUUUCUUAUGGUUCAAAUUGUCAUGCAUAAGAGACGUCACUGGUGGAUCCUCAUCUGUGGUCCUGAAUGAUGGCCUUGCGCCAUACAGUUUGGAUGAUCUUCAGGCUUAUCUCAAUAAAUUUGAGCCUUCAUACUACACAAAGAAUGGAAAAGACCCCUUGGUAUAUCCAUAUGUUUUGCUUCUCAGUGUUCAGUUGCUACCGGCCAUCAUGCACUUAUCCAAAGAAGCAGGAGACGGAGGGUAUAAUAUUGAUGCUGUUCAUAUAGCUAUUUCUUUGGUGGAUCAUUCCGUUUUAUCUGAAGGCUCUGGGACUGGCCACAAACUAAGUGUGAUGGAUUCUAAUGCUGAGGCAUCUAGCAUGAUUAGGCAAUAUGGGUCAAUGUUUUUGCAUCACGGAGAUCUCCAAAUGACGGUAGAGUAUUAUGCACAAGCUGCUGCUACUGUAGGUGGGGGACAAUUAGCUUGGUCUGGAAGAAGUAAUGUGGAUCAACAAAGGCAGAGAAACCUAAUGCUGAAGCAGCUACUGACUGAGAUUCUGCUUCGAGAAAGAGGUAUUUACUUUUUGCUUGGAGCAAGAGGUUCUGGUGAAGAAGGUCAGCUUGGAAGAUUUUUCCCUGAUUCUAGAUUGAGACAACAGUUCUUGGUCGAAGCUGCACAUCAAUGUCAAGAAGCUGGAUUAUAUGACAAAUCCAUAGAGUUACAGAAGAGGGUGGGUGCAUUUUCCGCUGCCUUGGAGACUAUAAACAAGUGUCUAUCCGAAGCCAUCUGUUCUCUUGCCCGUGGAAGGUUGGAUGGUGAAAGUAGAACAUCAGGGCUUAUUCUCGCAGGGAACGAUAUUCUUGAGACUUACAAAUAUUACCCUGAAGUUAGUCUCCAGGAAAGAGAGCGAGUGAUGGAACAAGAAACCAUACUAAGAGAGCUUGAGGCAAUACUAUCGAUCCACAAGUUGGGUAGAUUAGGCAAUCAUCUGGAUGCUUUGAGAGAAAUUGCAAAACUUCCAUUUCUUCAUCUUGAUCCAAGAAUGCCCGAUGCAACCGCUGAUGUGUUCCAGAGCGCAUCUCCUUACUUCCAGACUUGUGUCCCGGACCUGCUCAAAGUUGCUCUAACGUGUCUGGACAAUGUACCUGACACUGAUGGGUCGAUCCGUGCCAUGAGAUCCAAGAUUGCUGGGUUUCUUGCAAGCAACACGCACCGGAACUGGCCUCGUGACUUGUACGAGAAGGUGGCUCGAAGCUUUUGAGUAUUUUUGGGCUUAUCGUCAAGUCAAGUUCUCGAAUCUAGUGAUUCUGUUGACUUUUUGACGAUUCAUCUCUGGCGCAUAAAAAUGGGAUACAUUAAUAUACAAAUUUCAUGCAGCUUUUUAUUAGGCCGGACACAAUAUCUAGGUGCCAUAUGUAAUAUUGCAGAUAUUGUUUCUAUAGAAUUUGAUGUUUUGUGUGAGUUAUAUGAUGUAGUGGAUUCUGAUAAGAAAUUGUUAUUAAUUUUGGUAUAUCUAAGAUGAUAUAACUUCAACUAAAAUUAACUAGUUUUGUCAUUUUUAUUGAAAGUUUUUAAUGCAAAAUCGAAUUUAAACAGAUCCGAAGCAAUUUUCAUUGACGAAGAUAUGGUGAAACAGAGCUUUAAAAGUAGGAUGGAGAAAAGGGCAUGAGAAAAGAGAUGAAGAAGAGAGAGAUGUUCAAUUCCUGCGAAAUUUCCAGAAGAAGAAAACCAAACACAAAAACCCUAAACAAGAUAGGCUCUUCAACAGGAGACAUAACGGCCAAGUACACACAAUCUCUUAUAAGAACAAGCAAUGUCAGUCCUUGCACAACAUUUUUAACCACCAAAACUCUUUUAUUUAUUCCUUCUUCUUUGCAUAACUUGCAUAUAAUCCUCAAAAACAAAACACCAACCACCAAGAACGUUGUACUAGACCAUCCUCGGUAAGAGACAAUCUUCCCUCCCACUAUUAAUGGCUCUUUCCUGCAUAUACAAGACUUGCAGACUCCAGAGAAAGUAGAUGUGACCAGAGCAUCGAAUCCUGUAUAAUAGGGGAGAAUCACAGCGUCUAAGUAAAGACUAGCGUGGAGAAUACCAGAGAUAGUAGAGGCUUCGAAGAAGACAAAACUCGCUUCUUUUUCGAUAUUGUUCUCAAAUAAAAGCACUGAGAGCUGAACAAGCUGUAGUAUCGCAGGUCCAAAGAUGGAAAUUGGGAAAAGGGUAUUGAUCCUUUGACCUUUUGCAAGAAUCAAGAUGAUCAAAGGAAGAGAGAUUGGACCAGAAGGAAGUAAGUACCUUCUUGCUUUGUCAUCAUCACCAUCAUCAUCAUUUUCUCUUCUUCUUCUUGAUAUUACCUUCCUUACGACAACAAUUAGCGUCGUCAAAUAAGUAACCGUAACGAAGAAGAAAACUAGAACGUCGGUGAUUUGAGGGUAGUCGCCGGCAUA